UACGCAACAAUGUCCAUUGAGCAGACGAUUUCCAAGAUGGCUGAAGAAUUAGAAGCAACACUUUCAACUGUUCGACAAGAAACGGCUUUCUUGACAAAGUACUUUGAUUUGCGGAAAAGAUGCGAGCAAAUGCAACAGGCAAAUGAGAAAAUGGUAAAUAGACUCCAGCAUGUUAAGAAAAUAAUUAAACGACAUAAGAGAGAAAAAAAAUUUCUAGAAGCUAGAUUAGUAGAAUAUGGUGAUAACUAUAAAGAAUCUCAGGUUCCAGUUAGCUGGGAAGAGGAUCAACUAUUUAAUUGUUUAAGACAAAAUGAACCACCACCUUACCCUAAACCUAGUCAAGAUGAAGAUACAUCCACUGGUGAUAAUGUAGCCAAAAUGUCUGCUGACAAAUCAUCAGCAUUAUCUUCAAUUCAACCAUUUCUGGAAGCUUAUAAAAAAGAUGGUGUGCCGUCCAAGUCACGUAAAGUUAAAUCUGAGAAAGAGAAAGAUCCCAAUGCCCCCAAAAAACCUGUUAAUGUCUUUCAAUUGUUUUGUCAAGAACAGAAACCAGUUAUACAGACCUUGUACUUUCAGGAAAAUAAAGAAGAUAUAGCUCAUCAUGAACUAACAAGGAGAUUAGCACAGAAAUGGCAUAUAAUGUCACAAGAAGAUAAACAGGUUUAUUAUGAUUUACAUGAACAAGAAAACCAAAGAUAUCAUCAAGAGAUGCAGGUUUAUGAAAAUAAGUCUGAAGUUUUGAACAAACCAGUGGACAUUUUAAAUCAAACUUCUGAAGCCAAUCUUGCUGCCCUUCAUCUACCGUCUCAAUUAAGUGUUAAACAAGAAGUAGACUAAAUAGGAGAUGGUGUAAAUAAAUGAUAUCAUAUGUUGUAAAGACAGUUUUGUAUAUUGCUGGACAAGCUUCAUGUUGAAGGAAACUAGUAUAUUUUGUAGUUUUAUAAAGCUGAUAAAAGAAACUGACAGGAGAGAGACAGUAUGAUUAAGCUUGCUGUGGACUUAUGAUUACUUUUUAAAAACUUGUUUUAAGUAAUCGUUAAUGUAUCCUGCUAGUUUGCUUUAGUUAAUACAAAUCACAUAUUUGUUAAUGUGUAUAGCAGGUGUAAUGCAGUCUUACUUACAAAGCCAUCAAAUAACUACUGGCAUAAGUUCUUUGAUUUCCUUGCCUAAUUUGGUUGGUUGUGCUCAAUUUCUAAUAAAUUAUUAACUUAUCACUACACAGAAACAAAUAGAAAUCCAGAUGACAAACCUGCAGUCAAGACAUAUCACAUGGACAUUGCAAGUACUAUCAAAUCAAAUGAACAGAUCCGAGGACUGUGCUACACAGUCUCAGGCCUGUGGUAAUAUUUCAUUUUUAUACCACCACAUUUUCAUGUGGAUUUAUAUUUUUUAUCGCUCCUGCCCGUUCGGAUGACCAUCAGUCUGUUCACAUUUUGUUUGUUGACACUUUUUAUCCAAUUUUGGCAAUCUUGGAUCCUUUCGAUAUUGGACAAUAACUUCAUGGAAUAUGGCCCCUGUUUGUAGAAAUUUCGAUAUUUGGGCAUAUCGGAUCAUAACUUCUUGGAUUAUGGCCCCUUUGUAUGAAAAAUCACAUAUUUAGCUUGUGAUACCUCUAGAUGUCAAAAUAUUUAUCUGAUUUUACAGACCGUUCAAAUAUAUCACCGUUACACCCUAAUGACAAUUGAGUUCUAAUUUUGUGAAAAUCGGACCGAAACUGCCCAACAAAAUGACCGCUCCUCGUAUGCAAAUAGUGUAAAAAGUAAAAGUAUGUAAUACCAACCCUUAGGUCACAAUUUUUAUACGCCCACAUGGAAAUGUGAGAAACUCCCAAUCAAUAGAAACAGGUAACACAAACCAAUUACAGACGGUUUGAUGGGAUCAAGUUUCACUAAGUCAGUAUGAUGCAAUUGAUAUUCAGAUAAGUUGAUAUAAAUAAUUAAAAAAACAACAUUGUUUUAUCCAACAUUUCUUGUGAACACUCUACAGACUACAUUUAUCAUCUGAUUGUUUUGAAAUUGAUAUAUGCUGUUAACAUUAGUGAGAUGAAGAAUACUAUUUAAUUUCCGUUAAUUUCUUAAAAUAUCACCACUACACCCUAAUGAGUUCGAAUUUCGUGGAACUCAGACUGAAACUGCCCGACAAAAUGGCCGCUACUCAUGUGCAAAUACUGUAAAAGUAUAUUUGUAUGUAAUAAUUAACAAGUUUGAGGACUCUCUAGAGGUCACAAUUGGUGUAUUUGCAUGGCAACUGCUUGUUUAUCAAGUCUAAAGAAUGCCCUGUACCUGUUGCACAAAGUGAAAUUUAAAUCACUAAUUUGUGGCUUACAUCAUGUGUAUGGCUUCCACACAUAACUUGCUUGAAGAGCAUAACACUUUAUAGAUUUCUGUGUUCAUGGCUCAUUAAUCUUCACUGUAAUUUAAUUUCAGUUUAAAGGACACUAUCUAUAAUUCAAAAACAAUUAGUAGGGAUUUUUAAUGAUAAAAUAUUUAUUACUAUUUUAGGAAGGGAAACCUCAUAAUAAUUGACUUAUGUUAGUUUGAGCUGUUAAAUAAUGGUACUAUAUAAUUAUGUUGUUCUAAAUAAACAGACGAUAUUAAGUAUGUGGUUUUGAUCGCACAAAAGUGGCAGGCAAUUGGAGAAAAGGUUAACUUUUGUUUAUUGUCAAAGAAUUUCUAGAAUUUGUUUGCAUGUCAAUUGAUUAAAAUGAAUAUAAUGUAAGUAUUCAACAAUAAAAUGAUUGUAAUUUGUUAUGCAAAUUUCAGCAAUUUAAUUUUAAGAAUUGAACUCAGUUAUUUUGAGCAAUGUCAUUAAUUGUUUGAUAAUAUUUUUGUCAAUAAACAUUAUCAAAGCAAAAUUUGACCUGCCUUAUAUAGUUUACCUUUAACUGCAACUUCACUUAAAGGAGCUAAAUCGCUAAUUUUUUGGACCUAGAAAUUGAAACAAAUGGGUCGUAACGCAUAUAAUAAUGUAAUAGGAAUAUAUAUAAACUGAUUUACAUUCAAUCGUUUCCAUUUUUACUCUUAAUUUCAAAUCAGUUACGUUCGGCGAAAUAUGUCUGAAGUCUCAAUCGAAUGAAAAUUUCUAGCGUCUGGUUAUUCUAGUCUACAUAGUAUUUAUUGCGCAUACUCUCCCAAAAUGGAUAUGCCGUCACCGUUUGACAUGACUUGUUGAAUGUCUAGCCUCGUUCUUCGAGGGGGGGUUGGGUGGCCGAAUGGUUAGCAUGUGCGUGCUGUAUCAUAAAGCCUGUCAUUGAGUCAACUGGCAUGGUUUCGAAUCCCCGGUUGUACGUGACAAGGAGUAGGGUCGCCUGUCCAACCUCGUGGGUUUUCUCCGGGUACUCCGGUUUCCUCCCACUGCUAAAGACCCCUAUGCGCAAGCGAAUUAUUGAAAUAAAAUUAAACCAUAUGUUAGUCCCGAAAUGACCCAGUUUGUGUCGAGUGGACGUUAAACCCCAUUUCUCCCUCUCUCUCUCGUUCUUCGAGUCCCUUGUUAGAAUGGGCCUGAAACGCAUUAUGAUACACGAUUCGUGUACCAAUGGUAAAAUAUUUAUUUUGUCUUAAAUAUUGGAUAUCAGAAGCCCAUCUUUUCCCGGUAAGAUCACAACAUCAAUGUUGAUUUAAAUUGACAAAUAAUUUGUGUUUUCAAUGUCGAAGAUUUUUGAUGAUACUGAGUUAGAGACUUAGCUACUUUAAGUGGGGACUGAAAUGUUUGAAUCUUGUUGAAUCAAUGACAUUGAAGAUAAGAUUCAUAUAUAAUGAAGAUAGUUUCAUAUAUAAUGAAAAUAAGAUUCAUAUGUAAUGAAUAAAGAAAUUGGUUC